AACACACACGCACACACGUACACACUGACACUGCGCCUGUCAACAAAUGCUGUACCAAAACAACGCUCUACGCGACGAAAGCAAACGAUUUCGGACUGCCGCUAGUUUUUUCCUGAAUAUUCUGCAAAAUGUCUAUUGAAAUUGAAUCCGCCGAUGUGAUCCGUCUCAUUCAGCAAUACCUGAAGGAGUCCAACCUACACAAAACGCUGCAAACCCUGCAGGAGGAGACGGGUGUUUCGCUCAACACGGUCGACAGCGUGGAAGGGUUCGUGUCCGACAUUCACAAUGGCCACUGGGACACGGUGCUGAAGGCGAUCCAGUCGCUCAAGCUGCCCGACAAAAAGCUGAUCGAUCUGUACGAGCAGAUAGUGCUGGAGCUGAUUGAGCUGCGCGAGCUGGGUGCCGCCCGGUCGUUGCUGCGCCAGACGGAUCCGAUGAUAAUGCUGAAGCAGCAGGAAGCGGAACGGUACAUCCAUCUCGAGAACAUGCUACAGCGUGCGUAUUUCGAUCCGCGGGAAGCUUAUCCGGAGGGUUCGAGCAAAGAGAAACGCCGAGCCGCCAUUGCGACGGCACUGGCCGGUGAGGUGUCCGUGGUACCGUCGUCGAGACUGUUGGCACUGCUGGGACAGGCGUUGAAAUGGCAGCAGCACCAAGGAUUGCUACCGCCCGGUACAACGAUCGAUCUGUUCCGCGGUAAGGCAGCCAUCCGGGACCAGGAGGACGAAUCGUACCCGACGCAGCUGGCCCGGCAGAUCAAAUUCGGCCAAAAGUCGCACGUGGAAUGUGCACUGUUUUCACCCGACGGACAGUAUCUGGUCACCGGCAGUGUGGACGGCUUCAUCGAGGUGUGGAACUUUACCACCGGCAAGAUACGUAAGGAUUUGAAGUACCAGGCCCAGGACAACUUCAUGAUGAUGGAGCAAGCCAUCCUGUCGAUGGCGUUCUCGCGCGACUCGGAAAUGCUGGCGACCGGCUCGCAGGACGGACAGGUGAAGGUGUGGAAGCUGCUUACCGGCCAGUGUUUGCGUCGGUUCGAGAAAGCUCACUCGAAGGGCGUCACCUGUUUGCACUUUUCGCGCGACAACAGCCAAAUUCUCACCGCCUCCUUCGACCAUCUGAUCCGCCUGUACGGGCUGAAGUCGGGCAAAAUGCUGAAAGAGUUCCGCGGCCACACGUCGUUCGUAAAUGAGGCCGCCUUUUCGCCCGACGGUCAUCACGUACUGAGCGCCUCAUCGGACGGCACGGUAAAGGUGUGGUCGCUCAAGACGACCGAAUGCAUCUCGACGUUCAAAGCGCUCGGUACGCACCUGGCGGUCAACUCCGUGCUGAUACUGCCAAAGAAUCCGGAACACUUUGUGGUGUGCAAUCGAUCGAACACGGUUGUCAUCAUGAACAUGCAGGGCCAGAUCGUGCGCUCGUUCUCGUCCGGUAAGCGCGAGGGCGGUGCCUUCAUCUGCGCCACGAUAUCGCCCCGGGGCGAGUUCAUUUACUGCUGCGGUGAGGAUUUGGUGCUGUACUGCUUCUCCGUGACGUCGGGCAAGCUGGAGCGUACGCUGAACGUGCACGAAAAGGACGUCAUCGGGCUGACGCACCAUCCGCAUCAGAAUCUGCUCGCAUCGUACGGGUGCGAUGGGUUGCUGAAGAUGUGGAAACCCUAAAGAAGGUAGGGAAUAGCUGGCAUUAAUCCGUUGGUUUGUGUGAAACAAUACGCGAUAGCCGCUGCUUGUGUAGUAGCAUACCAUACAAUAAAGGACAAACGCCGUGUGACAUCAA